AUAUUCUAGUUUUACAUAUUUACCGCAAUUGCAGAAUAUUUUUAUUUAGUUUGCAUAAAUUAGCCAUCACUAAACUAAUUAACUAAUUACUCAGUUACUUACGUAUCCAAAAUGAAUGUUACUAAAAAGAAGGGAACACAUAUUCUUACUGUCAAUUUCUUCUCAAUUACAUAUAUACAUUUUUAGUGCAACUUUCAAUUAACACGCAGGUUGAAGAAGAAGUGGUUCAAGAAUAAAAGUAAAACCUGUUUAUGUAGAUAUCAUGUACCAUGCAAUGUUAUCACGGUUUAAAUUACAGCAUUAUUUCCCACACGGAUAUUAAAUACUUAAUACGAAACAAAGGUUUUGUUAUAGGCUCGUUCAUUCCAGCCAGACUUCAGUCACUUCUCCAAUCAGAGUGCAUUAAGCAAUAAAUAUUCCAAUUGCUUUUUCAAUUGUGAAACUCAAUACUAAAAAUGUCAUAUUUACCAUUAAAAUUAUUACUUGUCCCAUUGUCACUUGUCCUCACCCCUUGUUUAUUAAUAUGUGUAGUUUUUCCACUCUAUUUAAUCAGACUAAUAUCAUGUAUAACGUCAAAAUUCGUUUUGUCCAAAAACUCUCGGAUAUUGUCUCCAAUCAGCAGCAUUUUUACAUCAGACAACUUUAGCAAACCGAGGUGCACCUUGGUCCUUGCAGCAAUAGUCGAAGGGAGUCUUAACAAGGAUGAGAUUGUUACCAGGCUAAAUCUCGUCUUUAAUUCUGGACUAUAUCCUGAACUGAGACAGAAAUUGUGUCGAUGGAUGGGGUUUUGGUUUUGGGGCGAUUGUUCAGAUUUUAAUCUUGAUCACCACUUAAAAUUUCACGAAAACACUUCUUCAUCAUCCCUGGUGGAUGAGGUUCAAGUAAGAAAAAUCAGAAAUGAGCUUGUGAAGAAAGAAUUCGACACCAACAAACCGCUGUGGGAGAUGUGCAUCUAUCCUUACACAACAAUUAUCAAUGGGCAUGAUACUAAUACGGAACCUAAAUCUGUGGCCAUUUUCAGGAUUCACCAUUGCGUCGCAGAUGGCUACAGUUUGUUGAAUGUGUUCAAGGACUUUAAUGAAACAGAAGUUAAGACAAGUAAACCACAUUUUCUUCACCGAACAUUUAAACAAAAAUGUGUGUUUUGGUUGCGAUUCUUAACAAUAACGCCGAUAGAUUUGUGCAUCAGCUAUUGGAACGCUAAGGACAAUAAUGCCUUUAAAAUUAAAAAGUUUUCUGGCGAGUCAUUUGGUUUCGAGGCUGAUACCGUGGAGCUGGAAACGCUGAAACGAAUUGCGAAAAAAUUUGGAGUGAGUGUGAGUGCAGUAAUUUUUACAGGAUUCUGUGCAGCCAUUCGUGAUGCAUUUCUUAAGAAAAAUUGGCCAGUUCCGGCAAAGUUCCAUGUUCCAUGUGCUCUUCCUGUGAGUAUGAAGUUUGGGGAGAGUAAACAUUUAACAAAUGUGAUGACACUAUUGCCAUUUCCAACUCCAGUAAAUGAGGCAAAUCCUUUAACCCGUCUUUCGAAAAUCGAAAGGAUUUUCAAACAAAAGAAGAAUUCGGAAUUGGCCGUUGCUUACUCCUUCCUUUUCCAGUUUGCAGGAAUUUUGGCUAGUUUGACUCGAAAAGAAAACGGCUGCUCGUCAGGUUCAGCAUUCUGGAGCAAUUUCCCAGGCACCACCAAUCAUCAAUUAGUCUUUGGGAAAAAAAUAUCGGCCUUCCGGUUCACCACUGAUUUUCACAAUGACAACGUAGCGUUAGGAUUUGCAUCCAUUUGUUUUAAUGGGAACAUGUUGAUUAGUUGCAAGGCUGACAAAAAUUUAUUUUCAGACCCCAGUCUAACACGACAAUUUAUAGAAAGAGUUACCGAGGAAUACACAUUUUUAGAUAAAUAUUCAUUUAGUGAUAAUCAGUUUGUAUAAAAUCUAAUCUAAUUAGUGAUAUACGUACUUAUUUAUAUGUAUUUUUCUUGUAUUUUUAUAGUUUGUACAGCAUUCGUAUACAUAAAUGCUUAAUAACAAU